CGGCGGCGGGCGGAGCCGCCCCGGCAGCCGGGCGGGGCGGGGCGCGGCGUGCGGAGCGCGGCCCGCGGGCGGCCCCGGCGGGAGGCGCCGCGCUGCGCCCCGCGCUCGCCGCCCGCCGUGGCGUGGCGUGGCGUGGCCGGCCGCGGGAGCGCCGCGCAGGGCUCUGCGCGCCCGCCCCGCCUGCCGGCGCAUUAGUCAGCAGUCUGCGCGCAGCGCCGCUCCCGCGCAAACUCCGCGCCGGGGGCGGCGGCGGCGCUGCCCCCCGGCGGUACGGGCCGCUGCUCCGCUCCGCGGCCGCGGCGGGCGGGCGGCGUGCGCUGGCAAGCGAGGCAAUGAGGCGCUGGGAAACUCUUCUCGGGCACGGCGGCAUCGCAGGAGGAAGAGCGCCGUAGCCGCCCCGCGCACAGCGCACGCCGCGCACACACCCCCCCCCCACACACACACACGCACACGCGCGGAGGCAGGCGGACGCACAGCGCGCCCCCCCCCCCCGCCCGCAUCCGCGGCCGGCGGGGCUGCCCCAUGGUCUUGCGGGGGCCGUGGGGCAGGUGCGGCGGCCCCGGCGCGGCGCUGGCCCUCCUGCGCGCCCUCCGCACUAGGAUGUUGCGGCAGGUCUUGCACAGGGGGCUGGGGACGUCCUUCUCCCGGCUCGGGCACUUCGUCGCCAGCCACCCGGUGUUCUUCGCCUCGGCGCCCGUGCUCAUCUCCAUCCUGCUGGGCGCCAGCUUCAGCCGCUACCAGGUGGAGGAGAGCGUGGAGCACCUGCUGGCCCCCGCGCACAGCCUGGCCAAGAUCGAGCGCAGCCUCGUCAACAGCCUCUUCCCCGUGAACCGCUCCAAGCACCGGCUUUACUCCGACCUGCAGACCCCGGGCCGCUACGGCCGGGUCAUCAUCACCUCCUUCCGCAAGGCCAACAUGCUCGACCAGCACCACACCGAUCUCAUCCUCAAGUUGCACUCUGCUGUGACCAGGAUCCAAGUUCAAAGACCUGGUUUCAAUUACACGUUUGCCCAUAUAUGUAUCCUGAACAAUGACAAGACAUGCAUAGUGGACGACAUAGUGCAUGUACUGGAGGAAUUAAAGGCUGCUCGUUCUUCUAAUCGAACUAAUUUUGCGAUCACAUAUCCGAUUACUCACUUAAAGGAUGGCAGGGAAGUGUAUAAUGGGCAUCAGCUUGGUGGGGUUACUGUGCACAGCAAAGACCGGGUGAAGUCUGCAGAAGCCAUUCAGCUCACCUACUACUUGCAGGCAAUCAACUCCUUGAAUGACAUGGUGGCAGAAAAGUGGGAAUCCAUUUUUUGUGACACUGUUGAACUUUUCCAGAAAUCCAACAGGAAAGUCAAAAUGUAUCCUUUCACUUCUUCUUCGCUGAAGGAGGAUUUUCAGAAGACUAGCAGGGUGUCAGAACGCUACCUGAUCACGAGCUUGGUCCUUGUGGUCACCUUGGCCAUUCUCUGCUGCUCCAUGCAGGAUUGUGUCCGCAGCAAACCCUGGCUUGGCCUGCUGGGAUUGCUGACUGUGACCCUUGCCACUCUGACUGCAGCUGGAAUCAUCAAUCUCACUGGUGGGAAAUACAAUUCCACCUUCCUGGGAAUCCCCUUCAUCAUGUUAGGUCAUGGGUUAUAUGGGACUUUUGAAAUGUUGUCCUCCUGGAGAAAAACUAGAGAAGACCAACAUGUUAAGGAGAGAACUGCAGCUGUAUUUGCAGACUCCAUGCUCUCGUUUUCUCUCACCACUGCCAUGUACCUGGUCACUUUUGGAAUAGGGGCCAGUCCCUUCACUAACAUUGAAGCAGCCAGGAUUUUCUGCUGCAAUUCCUGUAUUGCAAUUUUCUUCAACUACCUCUAUGUACUCUGCUUUUAUGGUUCCAGCCUGGUGUUUACUGGCUACAUAGAAAACAACUACCAGCAUAGUAUCUUCUGUAGAAAGGUACCAAAGCCAGAGGUAUUGCAAGAGAAGCCUGCAUGGUAUAGGUUUCUUCUGACAGCCAAAUUCAGCGAGGAUACAACAGAUUCAGAGGAAACAAACACUUAUGAAAGUCAUCUUUUGGUGUGGUUCCUUAAACGCUAUUAUUGUGACUGGAUAACAAACACUUACGUCAAGCCUUUUGUAGUUCUCUUUUACCUGGUUUAUAUUUCCUUUGCCUUAAUGGGCUACCUGCAGGUCAGUGAAGGGUCAGACCUUAGUAACAUCGUAGCAACUGCAACGCGAACCAUUGAGUAUACUACUGCCCAGCAAAAGUAUUUCAGUAACUACAGCCCGGUCAUUGGGUUUUAUAUCUAUGAGUCGAUAGAGUACUGGAACACCAGUGUUCAAGAGGAUGUGCUAGAGUAUACCAAGGGGUUUGUGAGGAUAUCUUGGUUUGAAAGCUACCUAAAUUAUCUUAGGAAACUCAACAUAUCUACUGGAUUGCCCAAGAAAAAUUUCACUGAUAUGUUGAGGAACUCUUUCCUGAGAGCCCCUCAGUUUGCCCAUUUUACAGAGGAUAUCAUCUUUUCCAAGAAAUAUAACAAUGAAGUUGAUGUAGUGGCCUCCAGGAUGUUCUUGGUGGCCAAGACAAUGGAAACCAAGAGGGAAGAACUUUAUGACCUCCUGGAAACGCUGAGGAAGCUCUCUCUCACCUCCAAGGUGAAAUUCAUCGUUUUCAAUCCAUCAUUUGUGUACAUGGAUCGUUAUGCCUCUUCAGUGGGAGCCCCCUUACAAAACUCCUGCAUCAGUGCUUUAUUUCUGCUCUUCUUCUCUGCAUUCCUGGUGGCAGACUCUCUGAUCAAUGUCUGGCUCACUCUAACUGUUGCCUCAGUUGAGUUUGGAGUUAUAGGUUUUAUGACCUUGUGGAAAGUGGAACUAGAUUGUAUUUCUGUGUUGUGCUUAAUUUACGGAAUUAAUUAUACAAUUGACAACUGUGCUCCACUGUUAUCAACCUUUGUCCUGGGCAAAGAGUUCACAAGAACUAAAUGGGUGAAAAAUGCCCUGGAAGUGCAUGGGGUAGCUAUUUUGCAGAGCUACCUCUGCUAUAUAGUUGGUCUGAUUCCUCUUGCAGCUGUGCCUUCAAAUCUGACCCGUACACUGUUCAGGUGCUUGUUUUUAAUAGCAUUAGUCACCUUCUUUCACUGCUUUGCCAUUUUACCUGUGAUACUGACUUUCCUGCCACCAUCCAAGAAGAAGAGGAAAGAGAAGAAGAAUCCUGAAAACCGUGAGGAAAUAGAGUGUGUUGAAAUGGUGGAUAUGGAUAGCACCCGAGUGGUUGACCAAAUUACAACAGUCUAACUUGUUUGUUUGUUGUUUUUUACACUAGGUCUUACUGAGAGAAAAAGAAACCAGUGUUGGCUAAACAUUUUGGGAGGGAAAGAGGUUUGAGAGGGGUGUUCACCCUCUAAGCUAAAUCCAGGAAUACUCAGAAUGAUGGGAGGAAUGAAGAAAAAAUCGGGGAGGAGGGGUCGUUGUUCCUUGAUUGGAUCCCUUAACAGGUGUUAUGAGAGAAUUUGCACACACAUGCAAAGAGAGGGUGAAUUUUAGACACAUGAAGUAAGAUCUAAUGAGCAAAGUUGGGUUACUAAGCAGCGUUCUGCAUUGUCUGUAGUGCAGGUACUGCAAUUAUUGUUGCUAAACCCAAUCAGAUUGAAAGGUCAACUGUCAAGGCUGGAGUAGCAGUAAGUGUUUGCUGGAUGUAAAGGCUUUACAAACUUUCUGCACAGCAAUAACUCAAGUCAGUGAGUCAGCUCUUAUAGGUCUUAGCCAUCACAUUUAAUUUUUCUUUUCUCCCCUAAUCUAAACAUUUAUGCAAGACUGUAGAACAGAUAGCAAACUGUACUGGGAAAGAAGGCAGUAUGCAGCAACCAAACACUUUCAAAACGCAUUUAUGUUAUAAAUCACCUUAUUUUUCCUAAAAAUAUCAUUAUUUUAAAAUGUAAAUCAUCCCCUGGAACAUUUUUAAUCAUGGUUUUAUAGCUGUUUCUUUUUCUUAUAAAAACAAAAAGAAUGAAAAAAAGAACAAACAAAAAAUCCCAGUGACUCUGUCACUCUAGAAAAUAUAUAAUUCUAUUUUAUAAAUGUCUCGCUACUAGUUAAACAAGUAAUCUGCUUUACCAACUGUAAUUUUGUUAGCACUCUACUAGCACGUGCCAGUGAAUCUAGCAGCAGACAGAAGAUGGUGUACUGAAUAUUUCAGCACCAAAAUCCAUGACACAAACCUCAAAUACUUAAAUGUCAUCAAGGGAGUGAAUGUUAGGGCUCUUUAGUAAGAGUCUAUUUCAGGCCAUUCACUGGUAAUGCACACUAAGAGGAUUAGUGGGUAGUUUUACAUAAUGUAUUACUUAAUGCCUCAGUCUUCCUAGAGUACCUGUAAAGCAAUAGACCUUACGGCUAUGGGCUCUUCCAAGAGAGAGUAGACCAUGAGUGCCAUAUGUAACAAGCUGAAGGUAGGGACUGCAGUUUAAUAAGUUUAGCUAUGUCCCCAAAGAGCCUAUAUCAAUGGGAUCUAUUGAAAACAUCACAUUAGAGGGGGGAAAAAAUUAAAAGAUUACAUUACUGAAUCUUUUGGAGCUGUGAGUUCUAAAUCAAUAAUUCUGCCAGCAUCUGUGAUGUGGAGUAAUGUAGACAAAGAAGCAUCUCUUUUCUCCUCCACCUCCUCCAUCCUUAAGAACUACAGACUCAUUCUGGGAAGGUUUUAUUAUGAGGCAGAGCCCCAGUGGGGAUACAUAAGCCAAUUGUACCAGUUUUGCUGAGAGUAUUCCAACUAUCAGCCGCCCGCUAAAACCCAGUCACGGGAAGCUAGCUGGUGUGUCAGGUGUUUUAAUGAAUAUAUGGAUAUUUCAACCAGACUCUUUCUUACAGCUUGUCCAGAAAGUAGGAUUUCUUGAAAAGUUUUCAGUGCUUGGCACAGUAUCUGCCUCAGUCGUGGUAUAUGAGGGUCUAAUGGGCAUUGCAGGAGCCAUGUGGCUUGGCCCAGUGAGAGUGCUUUGGCUCAGGAGGCUGCCUGGGUUACACGGACAUUGGCGUGAUUAGCGCAUCUAUGAUAGCAAACGCAGACUAUGCUGCAUCCCGUGAAACUUCCCUUCAGCAUCAAUUCUGAGUGACCCCCGGAUGCACUGUGCAAAAUCCUCAAAUGCCACCCUGUGAAUGUUGAUUUGCAAGCAAAGGAUACUACCAAAGCUUCUUCCCUAGCAGAAAAUAAGAUAGCCAGAUAUUUUGCCCUGAAGCAAAAUGUUACAUACCGACUAGCAAAACAAGUUUGCAGUGCAGCUGCCAACAUUUGCUUCCCCUGGAUAGCGCUCUUCCCUGACCAGAGGACAAAGGAUUUUGUGUCCAGGAACACACAGGCUCUUUGCUUCAACAGCAUCAGAUGCAGUAGCAGCUGGGGAGCUGUAACAACAACUUCAGCCUUGGCAGAAAUCAGGUGGACACCCUCAAGACAGCCAAAUGAAUGUGAGCUUAGGGAAAAGAUCUGUUUCCCCUAUUUUCUUUAGACUCAGGCUUGGGGCUACAUUUUCCAGCCAGAAAUAAUUCCUCAAAUAUAUAUUCCAUUGCAGAUUUUCUGUGACAGUCAUUAUGCCCUCUAUGUAAUAAUCACCCUGUGUCCCAGCUGUUCAACAGGCAGCUGCGGUGGCUUUUAAACUUCUGAGGGCAUUAACAGAUCAGCUGAGUGUUUCAAAGAAAUAGCAAACCACUUUUGACAGCAGCAGUCUACUGAGUUGUGGGACACCUGGAAAUGGGAGAUGAGUCAAAAAGGUUGUUUGUACACUGCAGAGAGGAAUGCGUGUCAAACUGAUUUUGCACCUCUGUUAUCCCUCAUGCCAUCAUCUGCAACCACCAGACGCAGUGAUAGGUAUGAUAAACCUCCUCACAUCUAAUUGAAAUGCAUAAAUAGGAGCAUCUUUUAAAAGAUGCCCAAAGAUGAGCUUGUAGUUUCACAGAUCUCUUAUUAAAUCUCAGCAUGUGAGGCCUUCUGAGCUCUCCAAGAAAGAUGAUAAAACCAGUGAUAAAAUUUCUCUGCUACCUCCAGACCUAUUGGAAAACGGAUGUAGAGGCGUUCCUAAGACAAAGUGCCUCAGUACAUGCUUGAGCUUCUGCAGAAAUCAGGGUUAGAAGGCAUCUAGCCUGUCCUCUCGCUGCAGGGCAAAGCCAGCUGUACUUAAAUCAUUGCUGAAGGAUAUUUGUCUUGCCCAUUCUUAGAAAUCUGUAUAAAGGCAGAUUCCUGAACCUCCUCUGGAAAUUUAUUCCAGGAAUUUAUUCCUUACCAGUAGUUGCUGUUGCUUCCCAGGGCUGGCAGGGAAAAGGGACCAUGCCCGUGUCCAUGCAGGGAAGGCCGGGCUAGGGAAGUGCCACUUUCUAAAGCCUCUCAGCUCACACAGAAAAAGCCAAAACAGAACCAGAAACAACUUAUGUACCUUUCUAAUGACAUUUCACCUCAAGCUGUUACUCUAUUCCCCACUUUCAGGCUUGGUGAGCUAAAACCAUGAAAAUGCCUACAGUGUACUUAACCAAGCUCCAUUAGAUUUCUGCCUGAAUCCCAAUGUAUCUGAAUUACACCAAAUAUUCCUUCUGUACAGGUAGCUUCAAUACUUCAACAUGUACCAGAAACUGCAUGUUCUCCAGACUAUGCUAACCCACUUUGGCCUUCAUCCCCUUUGGCUCUUUUCUCCAGAGCAAUUAUUUUCACCAAAGUCAAUUGCAUCCAUAGAUUAACGGGUGCAAAUAUCAUGCUCUAUUCUUGCAAAGCAUUCCAGAUGCCUAACUGUGCAUAAGAAUGUACCCUUACUGGUAAACCUCCUUUUUAGAAGACUACCUAUGUUUAAGCACUUUUUGUCACGCUGUUAAGUGGCUUUUUAGCCCAGGUUUAACUACGGUUUUGUCUGCAAUAUAAAUGACCCAAAUUUUGUAUAAACUCAGUGAGUAAUGUCAUAUUAUACACUGUCAGGCACUGACUAAAAUUUAACAGCAAAUAUUUUAAGUAAGGCUAACAAGAAUGAGCAGGACUGUGGCUCUCUGAGCACAUAGAUCAGCUACAAACAUGAAAAGUUCCAUACAGUAAGGUCUGGUGUACAGUAUAUUUUUACUAUGCAGUAAGCAUAGGGAAAAAGAACCAACCUAAAUGCAUACAACCAUCAGGAUCAGUGCAGUCAUUCUUGUAAUAUAAUUCCUUAUUUUGGCUUAGCACAAGCUCAUUUUCAAUGCAUAAGUACUCUAACUGGAGGAAAAAAUGAAAAGAGAAAAGCUGGUAUAGCUGGAAUGAUUUCACUGUAAAAAUUAAUUGAUGAAGCCAGAAUUUUCUGCCCAAAGCUUUACGUGAGAAUGUUCCAGUUAGAUUAAAAUUAGAGCUGUGAAGGCUGAGAUAAACUUGUCUGGCAAAGAAAAGGAGCUGCUUUUCUAAAGACAAGCAAACAUACUCAUCAUGGUCAACUGCAUGAACCUGGAGAGAAAACAAUACCAAAGUGGCGUGAGGUUACUUUGAAACAUGUGAGGAUUCACACCUGCUCCCAGAAGCUUUCUGAGCCAGCACUGAUUUCAGGUAAAAUGUACACUGUAAAUUGACAGGUGUGUUUUAAAAUGCUUCUCUAGACCAAGUGUCUCCUAAGCCACCAAAUCCCACUUCAACCAAGAGCUUGUUUAAUUUCAUUAAAAGAAGAAACAAAAUCGAGUGGUGGCACUACUGGACAAAAUUCAGGAGGGUCAGAACUAGAGACCAUGACUUCCCCUUUAAACAGUGAGACGGUAGGAAAAGGCUUCUCUUUAGCAUGUGUCUUUUUAAGAGAAAAAGCUGGUUAUUUCAAAACUUAGCAAAUUAAUAAUUUUCCUAUUCCUUAAGUUGGGAAAUAGACACAGAGUUUUUGGAGGACUAGGGAAAGGAAGCAGAGAAUAUGAGUUAGGCCUUGGGUUUGCUACAGACCUCAAACUGCCCUAAUUACCCUAGGGUGGAUGGGAGGCUAGAGGCAGGAGCGGAGCACAAGAAGGAAAGGUGCCCAUCUGUGCUGUGGGUUACCUACUGCAGCAAACCAGAGCGAAGUGCACGGCUAUUGCAUGCUACUGCCAGGCCGGUGCCCCAAGGCUCCCCUGGGGCAAAGUCUCCAUUCUGCGGCCCGGGCCAGCAGGUCACCCAGCAUGGUGCAGCUUGAAGCAUGUAAGAAAUCCUGUUCACAUACAGCCACUCAUCUGUGCGAAAUUAUUAAAACGCUUACGUGUCUCGCUGAAGCAGAGCUCACGUGGUAAGGCACAAGCCCAAUGGGAAGCUGCUUUCUUAAAGACCCUCAGCAGAAAGGACGACCCACAACUUUUUUCUCCCUUAUGUUAACACCUAUCAAGACCCAUUUCUAUACAAAUCAAAUUGUAUGAUUAGCUAUAUAUGGGCAAAGUGUUUCUUCUUUGCUUGUAUAGUUACAUUUAUCACUCAAGCUAUUUGUCAUUUAUUGGCUUUUAAAUAUUUGGAAAGGAGUAAGCAUCCCUGGGUACAUGCAGCUCUGAUGAGAAUGGGGAGAGCAGCACAGAUUCCAGCCCAUUGCAGGCAUGGGGGCAACUCAGCUCACCCUCUCCCUUCCCCGAUCCAACUGGAGAACGAGGAGCUUUAGGUCCAAAUUCUGGGCUGUGCAUCUGAGCAACCCAUCGUGAAAACCACCCCCUGCCAGAAAAGUGCAAGGGAAAAUCUUUCUUUGAGAUGGGCAUGGGCCCAGGAGGUGACUCAAAGAAGUAUUCCUGCCCGGCACACUUGAGGUUGGGCAGAGUGACAUUUCUGUGGAUGCACCCUGCACCCCAUAGUGGUCCUGAGACAUCCACACCUGACACAGCCUCCCGCCUGAAGAGAGGGGCACCUUAGCAUUUACAUGAAGCUACCUGGGGCAGUUACUGCUUAGACAAGAAUUAGUCCAAUAUGGUUGGUGUUCUAAAAGGCAUCACCUUUUUUAGUUUGGGGGGGGGGGGGGGGGAAAUCAGUCUAAAUAACUCUAGGUUAUUUAAGCUCCAAGAAGUCUUAACCUGUGCGUCAAAUAAAUGGCUUGCAAGAUUUCAGGGGGUUUUGUUUUGGCUUUUUUUAACCUAUUUUUACUAUUUUUGUAUUAACUUAGGGAAGAAAAUUGUAUAAUGGAUCUCAAUGUACAGCAUAAGCCUAAAAUAAAAUGGCUGUCUCUC